UUGCAUAUAGCUGAUGAAUAAAUCCAUAUGAAUCCCAGUCCAAAAUAGUUGCCAAGAUGGUUAUGAUCAGCGUGUUAGCGAUGGCCUUGAAUAGAAUCACUGCCGCUGAAAGGCGUGGAAAACGACAGGUCAUAUUACGACCAAGUUCAAAGGUCAUCAUCCGCUUUCUCACAGUAAUGAUGAAACAUGGCUAUAUUGGUGAAUUUGAAAUAAUUGAUGAUCACAGGAAUUGUAAAAUUGUUGUUAACUUGACAGGAAGAUUAAAUAAAUGUGGUGUUAUCAGUCCUAGAUUUGAUGUAUCUAUCAGACAAUUAGAAAAAUGGACCAACCAACUUUUGCCUUCCAGACAGUUUGGAUAUUUAGUGUUAACAACAUCAGGAGGUAUCAUGGAUCAUGAAGAAGCCAGGAAAAAGCAUCUUGGAGGAAAGAUCCUAGGAUUCUUUUUCUAAACUUGAACUGAAAAAAAAUGUGAAAAACCCAUUGGAAAUAAUAAAGCCAAUGUUGGAAAAGUA